AUGGACAAGGGACCACCUCCUACCCUCUUUGUCAACGAUGGUUCAUUUAUGGAGAGGUUCAGGCAGCUCCAACAAGAGCAGGAGAAGGGAAAAAAUGCCAAACCAGAAGAAUCUAAACCAGUUAAAGUUGUUUCAGGACCUGUGAAUCCUAAACCCCCCAUUAGUAAGGGUAAUGAUGCUAAGAAAUCUUCCCAGGGUGGUUCCAGUGGCAAACUUGCUUUCAGCUUGAAACAAAAGUCAAAGCUUGUGCCGGCCCCUGUUAAAUUGGCUGAUGACGAUGAAGAUGAAAUAGAUGCUGGGUAUGUUUCAAACGAUGCACCUACAAAACGGCAAAAAUUGGUUCAGGAUGAUGGCAUUGAGCAAGUAUCAAGACAACUUGAUGUUGCACCUCCUCCCCCAAGUGAUCCUACAGUGAAGAAAGUUGCUGACAAACUUGCAAGUUUUGUGGCUAAAAAUGGAAGGCCAUUUGAGGAUGUUACACGGCAAAAAAAUCCUGGGGAUACACCUUUCAAGUUUUUAUUUGAUGUUAAAUGUCCUGACUAUAAAUAUUAUGAACAUCGGCUUGCUCAAGAGGAGAAGGCCCUUUCACAGUCCAAGGAACCACAGGCAAAUCAAAAUGUGGGGACAAGCAUUCCAUAUUCCAGACCAACAAAUGGUCCUCAGAGAUCAUCCCAGCAACAUUCAACUUACCAAAUCCCUGCCUCUGCUUUAUAUGAUAGUGUUGAAGCAUCAAGGGCUUCUGGAUCUUCAGCAUUUUCAGUUGGAAGCUCAGAUGAGCCCGGUGGAUCAACAAAUGCCAAUUCUUUAGCGCUAAUGGAGUUUUACAUGAAGAAAGCUGCACAGGAAGAAAAGUUCAAACAACCUAAGCAUUCAAAAGAUGAGAUGCCCCCUCCUCCUUCUCUUCAAGUUUCAACUUUUGAUGCAUCUGCUUCAGGGAAGAAGGGUCAUCACAUGGGCGAUUAUAUUCCCCAGGAAGAACUUGAAAAGUUCUUGGCUAGCUGUAACGACGCAGCAGCAAUGAAAGCUGCUAAGGAGGCUACAGAGAAGGCCAAAAUUCAGGCUGAUAAUGUGGGCCACAGGCUUUUAUCAAAAAUGGGUUGGAAAGAAGGUGAGGGUCUAGGUGGCUCUAGGAAGGGUAUUUCAGAUCCUAUCAUGGCAGGCAAUGUGAAGAAAGAUAACUUGGGGGUAGGUGCUGUCCAACCUGGGGAGGUGACUCCUGAAGAUGACAUCUAUGAGCAGUACAAAAAGAGGAUGAUGCUUGGCUACCGUCACAGACCGAAUCCUCUGAACAAUCCCCGCAAGGCUUACUAUUGA